AAGCGAGCACAGGCUCCAGGAAUUCAGGAUAAUGAAGCUCAAAGCUGUUGGCGUUUUACUGCUGGCGUUUACUCUUUUGGUUGAAACAGCUAGCCCCGGGACGGCACAAACCACUACAGUUAGCCCCAGGACGACACAAAUCCCUACAGUUAGCCCCAGUACGACACAAAUCCCUACAGUUAGCCCCAGUACAACACAAAUCCCUACAGUUAGCCCCAGUACGACACAAAUCCCUACAGUUAGCCCCAGUACAACACAAAUCCCUACAGUUAGCCCCAGUACGACACAAAUCCCUACAGUUAGCCCCAGUAUGACACAAAUCCCUACAGUUAGCCCCAGUACGACACAAUUCCCUACAGUUAGCCCCAGUACGACACAAAUCCCUACAGUUAGCCUCAGUACGACACAAAUCCCUACAGUUAGCCCCAGUACGACACAAAUCCCUACAGUUAGCCCCACGAAGACACAAAUCCCUACAGUUAGCCCCACGAAGACACAAAUCCCUACAGUUAGCCCCACGAAGACACAAAGUACCUCAGCUGGAAAAGAAUAUUCAACUACAGGCUCUAACACCAUACCAAAUAUAGAAACAGCACGGUUCAAAUUAAAUUUUACAGUUAAUGUGAAUGCUUCAUUCGAUGCUGAGCUGGGAAACCCCUCAUCUGAUUUGUAUAAAAACUACAGAAAAGAGUUCAGAGAGAAGAUGAGAGCAGUGUACAUAGCAAUACCUGGGUUCUUGUAUAUUGAAGUCACUGGGUUCUUCGAAGGGUGCAUAGGAGUCCUUCACAAUGUCAUCAUAAAGGCUGAUGUAAAUGCGACAGACGUACAGACAGCUUUAAAGGGGCCAGUCAGGAACGCGACGAAAAAUGUGACCAUUUUCAACCAUAACGCUAGCUUGGAACUCAACGACUCUGAUAUCGACAAAAUCACGAAAUCCAUGGAGGAUAAAUGCAAUGCGGAGGAAAUGUGCAACGAUAAUUUUACGUGUACAGGAGGCACCACUUCACAACCGAAAUGCAAAUCUAUAUGUACACCUGGUUACUGUCAGCACGGCAUGUGUUCCGUGGACACAAAUGGACAUCCUAUGUGCAGUUGCGAGAUAACGGAACACUUCGUUUACGGCGGUAAGAAGUGCGAGAAGAAAGUAGAAAGACUGGAUAUGGAGAAAGGCACCAUCGCUGGCAUAGCUGGUGGAGUAGGAGGAGGGGUAAUUCUGCUGCUCUCCAUCGCCCUAGGGUGCAUGUGUUAUUCAAGAAGGAAGGGCAAGAAUCCAGACAAGUAUAUGAAACACCAAGAAGAAGAUGAUAUACAUCUGGCAGAGCGGUUCGAGCGAGAUGUUUUCAGCAAUAGUCGGGCCGGUGGAUUCAACUAUGGUGCAGACAUCAAGGACGAGUACCGGUACAGUGGGCGGAAUGAUGGGGGGCAAGGAUAUGAGGAGUGGCUGGAGCAAAAGAACAAAUCAGAGCAGGAGUCAAACAGUAGAAGAAGCAGAGUGGACGACUUCCGCGCAUCCCGCUACGCCGACAACAGGAGCCGUAACCAUGGUGACGAUAGACGAGGAGAGAUGGAACCCGCCUCCAUGUUUGGCAGGGGUAUAUCGGGGCAGUCGUCUGGCCUUGGGACCUCCCAAUACAGGUUCCCCGAGGAUAUGUCUCCCGACUAUGACCGUGAGGACGAACGCCAGAUGAGGCCAAAUUCUAGAGACCAAGACAGUGCGCGCCCGUACACCAGCAUGCCCACUGGUCAGACAUCAAGACCACAGUCCAGGCUGCUGAGUAGCGAUUACAGUCAAGGGCGCCCGGUGUACGAAUACAUUGAUACGGACGAGGCGUAUUCCAUCCAAAGACCAAACUUUCGCUAACAAGACGAUCAGCAAAACACUUACGGUCUGAAGAACACCGAAUGCGAAGGAAACUUUAACUCUACACAAUACUAUUUUCCGGACGACCUCCACCUAAUCAUACAACACAGAGGAAAGCGGCACAACAUAUAAACUUGUACGUCAACAGAUUUAUCCCCAGCAACCUAUGCUUGUCGUAAGAAGCGAAAGCGGUGGUCAUGCUCCAUGACACGGCGUUUCAUCGAACCCCGACAGCAUGGGACGUUUUUCUAUUUGUAUCAAUCACUGGUUUGUCAGGUCCAAACUCGGUAUUUUACUGGUCACCGUCAAAUAGCUGGAGUCGAGCGCUUAACAACAAACAUUUGAACUGAGUGAGGGGCUGUUUGCGGAAACGCGAUCGGGCACAGUGUAAGGGAGAUAACUCAUGACGGUUCAGGCAUAUACCGUUACAUUCAAUGUAUAUACGUAAAAGAAGUAUACAAUUUUACAAAAAUAUAUCGAUGUACAAGAAAUAAAAACGGCGACGCUCAAAAUCUAUUCUGCGAUCGCGAAGAGCUUUCAUAAUUUAAUUAUCUUUAUACUAGUAUCUCUUCCGGAAAUGAUAGCUCAAACACAUUUUGGGAAAAUUGACAAUUUUGAAA